AUUUUUUAAUACUUUAGUCUUUGUAUUUUAUUCAAGGCUUAUUAAUUCAUUUACAUAAUUUAUUAUUAUAUCAAGUGAUUACAAAUAUCCAGAUGUAACUAGUGUUUUAGUGGUGUAAAUAAAUAGAAAUCAAUGGUUAGCAGCUGAGAAACUAACGCAGGUAAACCAAGACCAAUGAAAAAUGGCGCAAAGCUCGCACGGCGGCAGCCAUCGGCGCUCCCGCGACCACGAGGGCGCGAUGCGGUACACCAACACCGACUGGGAGGCCAAGGAGGCCUUAUACCAGCGAGAGCUCGACGAAGCCCGUGCGCGAGCCACGCAGAUGGAGAAAACCAUGCGCUGGUGGUCCGAUUGCACCGCCAACUGGCGAGAGAAGUGGAGCAAAGUCCGCAACGAACGAAACAAAGCCAGGGAAGAAGCCAAACAGUUGAAGGCUAAAGUCGACGUCCAAGCCAAGGAGCUAGCCACGGCGAGAGCUGAAAAGAACGAACUGGAACAGCAGUUGAUGGAACUCAAACGGGACAACGAAAAAUUGCUAAGCAUUGGAGAGAGUAGAAUUGUCUCAGGUGACUUGACAACUGAAGACGGAGUCGAAUUGCGAAGGAAAAACGUCGGUUAUGUAUCACCGAACGAUCAGCCGUCGAUCAGACAGCGAGCGUCCUUAGAUUCCCACAAAUUUUCCAACGUCGACAACGUUUUAGCGAACAAAUUGAGCGAACUCAGAUUGAGGUUGGACGAGACUUGCAAGAAUUUACAAAGCGAGAAGGAUCAAAAGGCGUUCCUUUUGACCAAAAUAGAAACGUUGACGGCGGAGCUGCAUAAUACAAAAAUGGAGUUGACGCACUGCGACAGAACUAUAGGAUCCACCGAUUCUAGUCAUAGCGAAGUAGAGAGACUGCAAAACGAGUUGCAGGACGAAAUAGCAGCCAAACAGGUUCUGGAGGAGAAGAUAGCUGAGUUCAAAAUGGAGGUGGAAAGGUUGAAGUCGGAGAAUACAGUACAAUGGAGCAAGAGGGAGUUGUUAGAAACGGAGAACAUAGCAAUUCUAAGGGAGAACAAGAAGUUGUAUGGGCAGGUUUGCGAGUUGAGGGAGCAGAUUCAUAAGUUAAAUCGGAUAUCGGACGGCAGCGCUUACGGUGUGCCGUUCACCAACGAACAUUCUAGACUGGAUUCGAACAUUUUGUACGUUCGCAAAUCUAGCGUAAGUCCGAGAUCUCACGAGUCCAGCAAUGGGUCGUCGGAGGCGAAUCUCGCGCAUUUCGACGCGAAAACGAACACGUCGGGCGAAGACGACGAACUAGCAAUAGUGGAGACGAGCGAAAAUUGUUAAAAAUUAUAAAAUACUCACUAUUUAU